CAUUGCCGCGUUGCGGCGUUAGUGAGUGCAGCGCGUUCGGAAGUGGAGGAUGUGAGUGCAAAGUAGGGCUGUGUUGUACCUUUGCUCCAGCAGCCAUGCGGCCUCGAACGCUGCUGCUAUCUCAUGGAGUUAUUUUUCUUCUAGCUGCCAUCAUCUUCUCCAUCUCUACAGCGGCCUUUCAACGAGACUCUUUCAACAAUAGAAUCAAGCGAUUGACUGAAGAGAAACUGAAAAGUUUACUCACAACAGAAGAGUGGAACGCUCUGCUAGCUACAGCUAAUGACAAAGAUCCGAACUUUGCAAUAGUCUACCCGCGGAUCUCGAGGCCUGCGCGGGAGAAGAGAGGCGCAGGUGAGAGCGAGAGGACACUGGAUGUGGAGGCGGGAGGCAGCAUUAGGCGCAGAUUUCGUGUGCACCUGGCGCGAGCCGAGGGUCUGGUGGACCCCAGCUUUGUGGCUCUCAGCCGCUGGCAGAACCGCACCUCUCUGCUUGCGCCCGAUCUCAUUGAGACCGACUGCUACUACACGGGCGUUGCCCCCCAUCGAGCUGCUGUCGCCGUCUGUGGAGGAAUGAGAGGAAUUAUAACGAUGGAAAACUACGACUAUUUUGUGAUCAAUCCUCUGCCUAAUCGUUUACACAAACGAUCCACCGAUAUACCACACAUCAUAGUGCAAAAGACACUUCUACCACAGCACAAGUGCUCUCACGAUUUGAUGUCAAGUGCAACAAAUCAGUACUCAUCAAAUACACAGCAAUUCACUGAAACAGCCCAAAAACUGCAGUCGAACAGUGAUCUAGGCUGGAAACGGUUCCGACAUUUUUUCAAUCAGCCAUCAUUACUGCCAAAUAACAUAGACAGUGUAUCAAAAUUUCGGAACGAGAAUUCAAUAAAUAAUUCAAGUGAUAAUAGUUUUAGUACAAAUAGGGAGCAAUUAUCUAGUAGAUGUGGCAAUGUGAGAACUGGAAGUGAAUUCAGUUCUGAACAGCCUGUUGAUCCUAGGAGAAGCCAAAGUAAACAUUGUGAAGAUUCUUUGUCUUUGGGUGAUUCAAAAUUUUCAGAGAUCAAUUACAGUGAAUAUAGAAAGCUAGAUAGGAGACGUAGGAUGGUAUCGACUUUAUCACCAGUGUAUGUGGAGACGGCUGUGUUUGUUGACAGAGACCUAUUUCGUCACAUGACCAUCAACUUCCCAUCUGACACUGAGAAAGAGCUGGUGAGAUUUGUCCUUGCAAUGGUCAAUGCAGUUCAACUGCUGUACCAUGACCCAUCUCUAGGUAGAGUUGUUAAUUUUGUAAUGAAGAGACUGGAAAUUCUACAUGCUGAUCCGACUGGUCUCACAAGAUCACACGACAUCGACCGAUUUCUCAACAAUUUCUGUGCUUGGCAGCGACUGGAGAAUCCUCCUGCGGACUCCGACCCUCUUCACUGGGAUCAUGCACUCAUACUGACUGGCCUCGAUCUUUAUGUGCUCAGCAAAAAUGGCAAACUCAGCAGUCAAGUAGUUGGUUUGGCACCAGUGGCAGGAAUGUGCACUCCAACCAGCAGUUGCACUGUGAACGAGGGUCGACAUUUUGAAAGUGUCUAUGUAGUUGCUCAUGAAAUAGGUCAUAACUUGGGAAUGCGUCAUGAUGGACCCUUAGCAGAGAACAACUGUGAUCCAGCAAGCUACUUGAUGUCUCCAACGCUUGGUAGCGGAAAAAUUACAUGGUCAGCAUGCAGUAAACGCUACUUGGAGCAGUUCCUCAGAACAACACAAUCACGGUGUCUGAUGGACCACAGUACAUCCUCCGAUCAGUUGGACCAUGGUGGCAAGGGAACACUUCCAGGAGAGCGAUUUGGUGCCGAUCAACAAUGUGCCCUGAAAUAUGGAGAAGGAAGUCUACAUGCCAGCACACAGCCACUCCAAGACAUCUGUAGAGACCUGCACUGCAGUAGAGAUCAUUACACGUGGACCUCACAUCCCGCUCUGGAAGGGACAACAUGUGGCAAAAAUAAGUGGUGCAGGAGUGGCCGUUGUAUCACUCACGGCCUGUCGGCGCUGCAGGCCCUGGAGCAGCCGGUGGCGGGCGGCUGGAGUGAGUGGGGGCCCUUCUCCGAGUGCGCGUCCGGCUGCCUCCACGGCGAGGCCGGCACUCUGACUGCUGGCAGCACCGGAGUCAUGUUUGCCUCACGACAGUGCAACAAUCCAAGGCCAGAAAACGGUGGAGACCCAUGUGUUGGACAUGACAAGAAAUACAAAACAUGUAAUGCAAUGCAGUGUGCAAAUGUUCCUAGAACAACAAUAAGAGAUUUUGCUGAUGAAAUAUGCAUCCGGACAAAGGAGGUAGACAAGGACUUGAUUGGAACCGGUCUACAGAGGAUAAGUUCAGAUGCGAAAGAAGCGUGCACAGUGUGGUGUUAUAAGAGGCGAGGAGGCUCCAAGAGCAGAGGCUGGUCGUUCCCAGAUGGUACCACCUGUCGCACUCACCGAGCCCACAAGCCCAUGUUCUGCAUCAGUGGAGUCUGUCAAGAGUUUACCUGCCAGUACGACGGGAGAAAAUGGGAGGAAGACGUGUUCAGUUUGUCGCGCGAGUCGUGUCCCAUUGCGCCGCUGUUCUCCAGGGACAAGCGACGUGAGGUGAGUGUCUCCGCGUGGAUGCCAACCUCCGACUGCUUCCACAGCUGCAUCAGUCCCGGCUCCGGCAUUCGAGUGGUCGAGAGGCGACCUUGCAGGAAAUGCAACACAACUAUCAGUGUACAGCUGUGUCAACCCAAACAGAAGUCGUGUGGACGUUCGCAAACACCUGUAGAGUACGCUUCAACAGUGUGUACAAAAUACAGCCAAAGAGUGCGCAGGUUGUCUGGACUUGGCAUGCAACUUUCUGCAACCGCAGAUGAUUCAGAUCGGCCUUGCAGACUGGCCUGCCAAGAUGAUAGUGUCCUGCAUAGAUUCUACCUAGUCAAUGGCGAGGAAGGUCAUUUUCCGUUCGGAACUGACUGCAGCAGAGGUGACCUUUCCAGGAGAGCAUUUUGCGUCAGUGGUAAAUGCUUGGACUUUGGAUCAGACGAUGCUCCAUUAAAAGAGUACCUGUACAGUGCAGGUUUAAACCAAAUGCAGAAAAGUAUCGGGGAAUUUAGAAAGUCACGCGUCGAAAGAAACGCACCGCUCCUUUCCAUUGCUCAAUUCGCCCCUCAGCUGACAACAAUGUCCAAGUCUAAAGAGAUCGAAUAUCAUCAAUCUGUUGAUUUGCAGAAUCCGAUCGACUUGACAUCAGAAUUAAGAAUGACUGAUUAAUAAUAUUAACAACACUAGAUUUAUCAAUCAAGUGGAACGAGAACUUACAUAAUACUAGUAUUUAUUCGUUAUGUUGUUGAUAUAUUAAAUUGAUAGUUUUGUUGAGAGAGGGGAGAGAUACAAAUAUUAUGUACAUAAUGUGAAUAAUAUUUUCAAUUCAUAAAGUCA